AAAAAUAAAGAAGCCAGAAAACCUAUGGGACCUGCCGCCAUCUCCUCCGCUGUUGCUUAGCUCCCACUCCCCAUCUCCUUCGCCUAGCUUCACUUCCGGCUGCGGCCUCUGCUGCUCCUGCCGUGGUACUUAAAGGAGAAGCCAAAACAUAUCGUCGAAGAAGGUGAGAAGAAGAAAAAAGGAGAACAUACGAAGUUGACCAAAAACCCUAUUUUUAAAUUGCGGAUUGCGAAGGUGCUGUUUGGAUGUACUUCAUGAUGUCCAUUUCUGGUUUGACAUGUAGUCCUUCAAGGUUUUCUUGUUGUACGGCAUGUGUUACUUGCCCAAGUUCAGCAUGUAGUCUAGCUCUAUCAUCAAUAUGCAAAGAAACAUUGAGGGAGAAAAUGAGGUUUUUAUCCAUGACAAACAGUGCAGGAAGCAUAAAACUGUUCCACUCCGGAGAGGUUUAAUCAUGAAAAAUGGCAGGAUAAAGAAAGAAAUAUAUGCCUCAUUUGGUGAUAUGGCUGAUAAUUCUUCUGGCGUCUUCCCAAGGAUUCGCAUUAAAGAUCCAUAUAAACGGCUUGGUAUCAGUAAAGAGGCUUCUGAAGAGGAGAUUCAGGCAGCAAGGAACUUUCUGAUUAACAAAUAUGCUGGACACAAACCAAGUGUUGAUGCAAUUGAAUCAGCUCAUGAUAAAAUAAUUAUGCAGAGCUUUUAUGAUAGGAAAAAUCCUAAGAUUAACAUUAAGAAAAAAGUAAGGGAAGUUACUCAGUCACGAUAUGUCAAGGCUAUAACUAACAGGUUUCAGACACCAGCAACAAGCAUCAUUCUAAAGACAAGCAUUGCAUUUAUCGUACUUGGAGUAUUGACUGUUCUAUUUCCCACAGAAGAAGGGCCUACACUUCAAGUAGCCAUUUCUUUUAUAUUAUCCAUAUAUUUCAUACAUGAAAGGCUUAGGAGCCGAAUUAAAGCUUGCUUAUAUGGGAUUGGUGCUUUCUUUUUCUCAUGGCUGUUGGGCACCUUUCUCAUGGUUUCUGUGAUGCCGCCUCUUCUGAAAGGCCCAAGGAGUCUGGAAGUGACUACAUCGUUAAUAAGCUAUGUGCUUCUGUGGGUAUCUUCUACUUAUCUUAAAUAGUUCAGUUCAUCAGUUAUGAUCAUGUGAAGGCCAAGUUUAUAAUCACUGUAGUGUUGUUGGGUUUAUGCUAUCUGUUUUUUCAAGCCUUGAGGUGCUGUGAUUUUGAGCAGGUGGAAAGGGAGAUGGUUUUGUAUUUUAGAAGAAUCACAAUUAGUUUCUGGGCUUGAAAUGAGGCUGAGUAGCCAAAUCAAGUCAUUUCCUGUUUCUACUAUGUAGCAAUGACAAAUGUACAUCAUAAUGGAUCUUUUGAUCUUGUUGUGUUUUUCCAUUUA